AUGAGGACUACUGUUUCUUCCAUUAUCAACCUGGGUUUCUUGACUCUGGUCACCGCUCAAAGCUCGAGCUCCAGUGCUACGUCUUGUGUCUCCUCUUACCAACUGUGUUUAGACGAGGGUGGAGCCGACAACACAUGCCAAUCUAACAAUGCAAAGUGCAAGAAUCUAUGUGCCGAUAGCUAUGGAUCGUGUCUUUCGUCGUCAGAUACAUCAUCAUGCAUGAGCAUCUAUAAUACUUGCUUGAACGACUUCACCAUAUUUACCACACCAGAGGAUUCGGCCGGGAAGGAUUGUGCAUCUCUUUUCUCGGCUUGUCACGAUUCAGGAGAGGUAGACAAUACUUGCAAUAGCUAUGCAGCUCAAUGCAAGGACAAAUGUAGCACGAUUUACGCCACGGCCCUCACUAGUGGAUCCUCAGAUUCGUCGGCAGCCAGCACGCAGUAUAACAAUUGUCUCGAUUCUUUCAGUGUCUUCUCUACCAGAGAAACUUCAUCUAACCUCGAUUGUGUUUCCCAAUUCUCGUCCUGCAGAGCCAACGGCACCGCUGAUAACACAUGUAAUUCUUACACAGCACAGUGUAAAGAUAAGUGCAGUGGGAUUUAUGGGAUUUGCCUUAGUAGUGGAAGCGCUGAUGAUUCGUUAUGCAUGAAUCAGUAUAAUAACUGCUUAGACUCCUUCACGCCUUCAACUGCCUUGGACUGCGUCAGCAGUUUCACAUUAUGUCGAAAUGAAGGCGGCGAAUCGAAUACAUGUGCUUCUGAAUCUGCAACUUGCAAGAACGACGCCAGCAUCAACUAUUCCACAUGUCUUUCUAGCGGUCAGGCUGAUGAAUCGGCAUGCUUGAAACAAUACGACUCAGCUCUCGUCCAAUUUAACACUACCACCUUGUUGAACAAUACCGAUUGCGUUUCCAGAUUCACCGAAUGUGAAAAUGAGGGGAAUGAAGACAGAUUAUGUCAAAGCAACAACGCCGAUUGCAAGACCGAUUGUUCCACGUCAUAUUCCACUUGUCUCAGUUCGGGUGACCCAGCUCUUUAUGCUCCUUGCUUGGAACAGUACAAUUUCUGUCUUGUGACUUUCGCCUGGGAGACCCCCACUACCACUACUGGCCAGGACUGUGUUUCCAAGUAUAUGUCAUCUACCGGAGAGGACAAUGCUCGCAAUGCUGAGGCAGCUCAAUGCAAAUCUGCGUGCUCUACAAGUUAUUCAACCUGUCUAAGCUCCGGUGAUGAAUCCCUCGAAGCGCCAUGUCUUAUGCAAUACAACUCGUGCCUUGUCAACUUCAAUUCCACCAUUGCGACCCCUGAUUGCGCUUCCAGUCUCCUUUCUUGCGACGAUGCUUCAAACUCCUGCGCUGCGGAUGCUGCCAGUUGCAAAAACACGUGCUCCGUAGCUCUCGACAUCUGUCAAAGUUCUGGAGAUCCAGCCCUCACCGCAGGUUGUCAAAAACAAUAUCAGUCUUGCCUUGUUUCUUUCACGGCUGCUACUGCUGCCAUCGGAGAGGAUUGUGUGGCUUCAUUCACUGGAUGUAGAAACAAUGGAGGGGCUGAUAAUACUUGUUCUUCGGAAAUGGCCAGUUGCAAAAACAAGUGCAGCUCCGUUUACGAUAUCACCGGUACUUCCGCCGACAAUUCAACCAUUACUGCAUCUCAAGCGCUUAGACUCUAUGACUCCUGUCUCGUAUCUUUCUCCUCCAACGACACCACUCCUACUGGUCAAGAUUGCUCUUCCAAAUACUACGCCUGUUCGCUCGCUGGUCUCGAAGCUCCAAACGUCUGCGACUCCGACUACGCAACAUGCAAAAAUGACUGCGCGGUCAUCCUCGAUACGUGCCGCAGCUCCGGAGAUGAAUCCCUCGUGAGCAUGUGUGAUAGUUUGUACAACGGCUGCUUGGAUCCGGUUAUGAGUAGCAACAUUACUACAAAUGCGACUGUUGCAAUUAAUGCUACAUCAACUUAUGUUCUACCCACCAAAUCCGCUUUCUUCAAUCUGACCGGCGCAUACUCAACAAUUGUUAGUAAAGCAAGCACUGCUACCGCGAGUGCAUAUUUUAGUGGGACACCAUCGAGUGCGACAAAUGGUACUGGACAUUACACGCAAGCUACAUCAGUAUCCAUUGCAGCAAUCUCUACCGGUAUCAGUUCUGGAUAUUCUCUACCAGUAGUUGCUAUUUCCGCCAGCUAUCCAUUGAGCAAUGCCACCUCCACAUCAAACAGCAUUGUUUCCGCGAGCACUACUUCUGAGUCGGCCAUCACUAUUGAAACUGGAAAAUCGGGUUCGGUUGACAGAGCGGUUGACGGAAACACCAGCGAUGAAGGCGCUGAUGAUGAUGCAUGCGAUAACUAA